AUGCAAACAAAGAUGUGUAAAAAAGCUUUUAUUAUUUUUAAAUAAAUUGAUAAAUAAGAAUAUUAAGAAUUUUGACAUUCCUAACCUUUAUUUCAGCGACAACAGCGCUUUUCUUUUUUGACGAGAAUCCGUCGCCAUGGGUCGUAUGCACGCACCCGGAAAGGGUAUAUCCCAGUCAGCAUUGCCUUAUAGGAGAAGUAUAGCAACAUGGUUGAAACUUACACCAGAGGAUUGCAAAGACCUUAUAUUUAAACUGGCGAAAAAGGGCCACACACCUUCACAAAUUGGAGUGGUUCUCCGAGAUUCCUAUGGGGUUGCACAGGCACGUUUCCGUACUGGAAAUAAAAUUCUCCGUAUUUUGAAGUCUUUGGGACUUGCCCCCGAAAUCCCUGAGGAUCUUUAUCAUUUAAUCAAAAAGGCAGUCGCUAUUCGUAAACAUUUGGAGAGAAAUCGCAAAGAUAAGGACAGUAAAUUUCGUUUAAUUCUUGUGGAAUCAAGAAUACACAGACUUGCUCGUUAUUAUAAACAGAAGAGUGUCCUACCGCCAAGUUGGAAAUACGAAAGCUCAACAGCCAGUGCUCUUGUGGCUUAAAUUUUGUUUAUUCAAAAAAAAAAAAAAAACAAUUUCAACAUCUUGUAAUAAAAAUAAGGUUAAUAUA